CUAGUCGAGUUUAGUUUGGUUGUCAAGUUUAGUCGAGAAAAGUUGCGCGAUAAGCGCGACGACGGCUUUAAACAUUUGAUAAAUCAUCCUUGCCUACGCCCCUAGCGAACAGUGAGGAUACGGCAAAAGACAAACCAUAAUAGCAAAAGAGGAAGUCGAGGAAGAUCGAAAAGGAGGACAAAACGGCGCCAAGAUUACUGACCAAGUAGACGGCAAGGUUAGGAUUAGGCUAACCGAGGCCAUGGAUGGAAGUCCGCUGCCCCAUAUAGUAGAGAGUAUGGAUGACUUUGGGGGCAAGCCCAAGGACCGGCUCGUAACUGUCCUCGAUCGCAUCGAGGUACUCGUCGAGCAGCUCAGGAAGGAAGCCCUCAGAAUCGAGGAAGAAAAGGACGGCUUGCUGACAACGCUCGACACCUUGCGCAACAACGACCUCGUCGUCAAUCUUGAUGAAACUGAUAAAGAUGAUAUUAUUAAAUACACAGAGAGAUUGUACACAAGAUGUUUAACUAUUGAUGUUCUCGUGAAAGUACCACGCGAUGAUAUCCAAGAGGAUGCAUUACAUCAGGUAAAUGGACUCAUAGAUAGUUUAAUAGUAAAUCUUCGAAAUGAUCCGAGUGGUACGCGGGAACGCUGCUCCACCUUUAUGAACGCGUGCUCGUCUCAUGUAACAGGCUACUGCGAUAAGACUUUCGAGACAGCUAUUCUUGGCUGCACGCUCGACGAUCAAAAGCGAAUCAAGAAGCGGUUGCAGGGCCUCCUAGAUUACAUCGAUAAAACACAUACUAUUACGCUUGAAUAAAAUAUUUGUUAACUUGAUGAGGUCAAGACUUGUAGCAUGUAAACAUUGUGGAUACAUCUACGUUUGUUUUUUGGAGAUCUUGAACUGUAGUAACGGAAUUCCUACAGGAACUUUUUUUUAUUUACAUCGUAUUAUUUUUAAUUCAAAGAAAAAUUGUCUUAAGAUGCAUCAACGUUGUUUUACCUUAACAUCAUUUGAUUGAUUCUUCUUAAUAAUAGCUGUUAUGAUUUGUGUAUAAAUAUUCUAUAAGAUAGGUGAACAUUUGUCAACAAGCUUAUCUUUGAUAAAAACAAUUCUGCAAAACUGCAAUCUUAUCCGUCAAUAUCAUUGUUACAUUAUUUAAAAAAUCUUAUUGCAAAAAUGCUGACAAAGCUACAAGAUUACAAACCUAAGAAAUUGUUACAAUCGCAUAAAAUACGAAUACAAAUAUUAAUUUCAUUACUUUCAUUUAUUGCACUAUCAUGUGUUUAAGUUUAUGUUGCUUAGUUCAAAAAACUACAAGUUAUACUUACUGAAUGAAUAAUUUAAAAACAUCCAAACAGCAUUUCAAAUGUUAUUAUUUUAAACUUUAAACCAAAUCUAUGAAUAAUUCAUUUUCUCCUAUGCAGAACUACUAUAACUAUCUCAAAUGUAGCUGAUUACAUAUUUAAACUAAUUUUUCCAAUCUUAGACUAUUUACCAUUGAAAAAGUUUUAAAAUUCUCCAGUUACUGCUGGUCAGUCUAAAAAAAUACAAAGAAAAAUAACGCUGGGCCAGAGCCAUUUUCAGCAUGGCUUAGUUUUUUUGGAUCCAUUACGUGGAUACGUUAUAAAGUUUGCAUUUUAAUAAUUCUCUAUUAUAAGGCUGCAUUUUUUCACAACGUUGAAACUAUAGUUGUAAAAAUCUUUAUCAAAUUAAAAACCAACCAAAAACUUUCUCUUAUUCAUUUAAUGCAAGAAAAAUAAUUUUUGACUAAAAAAUUGGUAGAAACAUUCCUCUGACUCUACGCAACCGAUAUUUAAAUAAAGCAAAAUGUAAUCGUAAUAAAUUUCAUAAAUCAUAAGACAUUAAAAUAUUUAUCACAAUUCAAUUAUUACUCCAAUGUAUGCAAUAAAAUUAAUUUAUUGACUAGUACAUUUUAAUACUGUGAAAAUUAUCGAAAACAUUCAAUAAAAAAUUUUUUGAAA